CUUCUCUUUGCUACUUACCAUCCCGUGGCCAUGGCAUCCAGUACUGCUCCUCUACGUGCCGCGGUUGAUAUGGAGAUACCUGUAAAAAGCUCUGCGCCACCACCCAGUCAGUACAAGGCUAGUAGUGGCGCAGAUGGUGCCAGGAACCACGGGGUGGUUGAUACGGCCUUGAGGGCCGUAUUGUUUAUCACAAGUGUGGCUGCAGUCGUUGUUAUGCUGACUUCGAAACAAACCAAAAUGGUACAAAUUUCGCCUGGCAUUUCAAUACCAUGGGAUGCAAAUUGGAAACAUUCCUCAAUUUACAAAUACUUUGUAGUAGCACUUUCCAUAUCAACCUUGUACAGCAUCAUCACUGGUUACUUAUCAUUUUUGGCACAGAAGAGAGGAGGAUAUUCGACGAAAUUACAGCUUUAUUUGGUGAUACUAGAUACUCUACAGGCGGCUAGUGUAUCCGCAGCGUUUGGAGCUGGACAAGCGCUAGCAUACUUAGGACUCAAAGGGAGCCAUCAAUCUGGAUGGAAGAAGAUAUGCAACAAGUAUUGGUCCUUUUGUCAUCAUGUACAAAUCUCUAUGAUUUUGUCAGGCAUGGCCAGCAUAGCACUUAUAUUGCUCAUUUGGCUCUCCUUUUACACUCUUACAAAGAAGAUCAUGACUAGGCGAUAGUUAAUUUGGCCGACGUACAAUGAAUGAUGUACGUACUAUGAAUAUACGUAUAUAAAUAAACAUUUUAUUUAAUAACACGGCCGCCUCAGUAAUGUUUAUAGGUUAGCUAGGCGGCCGUCUAAAACCUUCACGUACGUGUCAAAGAGGAUUCCGGUGGUGGUGAUAGAUGGUGAGUUGUUUUUUUUUAUUUGGAAUAUUUGAAGUUAAAAGUAGGUGAUGAUGAAAUUGUGACUUGUAAGAAGAAAAUUUUAAGGAAGAAAUGGUGUAGUCCUUAUUAAUGGACGUACUGUGGACACAUAAUUCGGUAAUUGUAUGUAGCUGGGUCUUACACUGCCAAGUAUACAUUUCCAUUUGCAGAA